AUGGCUUCCAGGCCGCGCCGUUCGGCCGCCCAGAAGGCAUCCGUCGCAAUCACUGACAUGGCCGACAGAGACAAUAUGUCCUCAUCUCGCUCAAGGCGGUCCGGUGACGGUCUCGCCUCUGUCUCAAGAGGAUCACAGGGGGGUAAGGACCACACCUACUUGACUGUCAAGCUGCCUUCCAGUAAGCUACGCCAGGCAACGAGCAGCAAGCAAGGCUCCAGCAUCUCGGUCAACAACGACUCUACUCCUAAGCGGUCUACUCGGGGCGGAAAGAAGAGCUACGUCGUCGAGUCCGAGAGCGACGAGGAGGAGGACGAAGAGGAGGGCGAGGACGAGAUCCAGGUCGGCGCGCCUGCUGUAGUGGCAGACGACGACGAUGAGGACGAGGAAAUGAACGACGUCGACGAGGAUGCCGAGGGUGAGGAAAUCGAGGAGGAAAUGGACCUCGACGCAGAGGGCGAAGAGGACGAGGACGCAGAAGGCGAGGAAGAUGUCGACAUGGCCACACCAGCCCCGGCACCUAUCAUCAAGAUCCAAAAGCCUAGCAAGAGGUCGCCCGAGAGCAAGAGGACCAAGGACGUCACCCCCAAGAAGGCCAGCGCACAGGCCUCCGCGCUCAAUGACUCGGACGAUGACGAGCUCAGCGAGUUGGAGAGUGACGAGGAGCUGGAGGGAGAAGAGGAUGCCGAAGGAGAGGAAGACGACGAAGAUAUGGACGCCGAGGGCGAAGAGAUCGAAGAGGACCAAGACGCCGAGGGCGAGCCGGAGCCGAGUGCUGAGGCCGGUCAGGAGGUAGAGGAGAUGGACAGUGACGACGAGAGUGCCGCACCUAACAAGACGCGCAUGACGGUGCGUCAAAGGGCGCGGUUCGAGGAUCUCGACGAGAGCCACUACCAAGCUCUGUCGAACGAGGUUCAAGCAAAGAAGGUCUUCACGGUGGAGGAAAAGGCCAUGCGCCGGGCCGAGAUGGCACGAAGGCGGCGCAAUCUCAGCGAGAAGCGCAAUGAGGAAGUCAAGCAAGAAACGAUCAACAAGCUCCUCAAGAAGCAAGCCAGCAAGACCAACCGCAAGGGUGGCCAGGUGCUCGCUGAGGACCUCCUUGGUGAGGGCGAGUCGAGGAGACCCAACCCCAUCUUCAUCCGCUGGGUCAGCACCAAGGACGGCGAGCGUGUAUCUGUGCCAGAGGAGAUGCUGGAUGGCCCUGCCGGCCGUCUGUUUGUGAACGGCGUCCGUCCUGGUGGCGCUGGCCCUACUGGCUUGGCCGGUCCGAGAAAGAUGGUCGAGGAGGUCUCGUAG